UAAUGGUGCCGCGGUUGUAAAUAAAACAAUGAAUUUUAUUUAUCAAAAUUAUCCAACGGUGAAUUUUGUCUUUAUUCAAUUCAGGAAAAAAAGAAAAAAGACAGAAAAUAAAGUAGGGUAAGUGAAAGGAUAAAAAAGAUAUAAACAUUUAAUUGAGGCUUUAGAAUGACAAACCUACCUCAAUCUUUCUCCGUUGGUGUUGGCCGCUUCGGAGGAGGAGGUGGUAUGUCGUCAUCGUCUUCCAACUCCGGAGCACCCCCCAAUAAGGAUUGCAAAAUGCAAUCCGUUGAACAACUUGUGCUUGUUCUCUGCGACCCUAAUCUUCGUGAAAACGCUCUUCUAGAGCUUUUCAAGAAGGAGUUGUUCCCGGAUUUGGGCCGCUUGUUGUGGCACUCAUUUGGUACUAUCGCUGCACUCCUACAGGAAAUAGUUUCUAUCUACCCUGGUUUGUCGUCGCCAUGCCUGGCUCCUGCACAAUCCAAUAGAGUUUGUAAUGCAAUAGCACUUCUACAGUCUGUAGCCUCUCAUCCUGACACCAGAAAGUCGUUCCUCAAUGCAAAAAUUCCUUUGUAUUUGUACCCCUUUCUUAACACAACAAGCAAGUCGACACCCUUUGAAUAUUUGAGGCUUGCAAGCUUAGGUGUCAUAUGUGCCCUUGUGAAGGUAGAUGACACUGAAGUUAUCAGUUUCCUUAUUUCAACAGAUAUAAUUCCGAAGUGCUUGUGCGCGAUGGAGAUGGGAUGUGAACUAUCAAAAACAGUUGCGACUUUCAUUGUGCAAAAAAUCCUUCUAGAUGAUGUGGGUCUGAAUUACGUAUGUGCCAUAUCUAAAACUUUUUUCGAAGUAAUCCAAGUUUUAGGGAAUAUGGUGGGUGCACUUGCUGAACAACCUUCAUCAAGAUUGUUGAAACACAUAAUCCGGUGCUAUCUUCGUUUGUCAGAUAAUCCAAGGGCUUGUCAGGCACUGAAAUUUUUUCUUCCCAAUAUGCUUAGAGAUAACACCUUCAGCAGUUGUCUUCGUGAGAAUUCAAUGGCGAGGAGUUGGCUGCUACAAUUGCUCCUUAACGUUAAUGGGAGUCGGGUUGCUCCACAGGCUGGAGGAUUUGAUCAUAUGCUGUGAUCUGAAUUCAUACAUAUGGAUCUUUUGUUGAUGUAUUUAAUGAUCAUACUUAAGAAUGCAUAUCUGCACUCAUAUUUAUUUAUGUAGUGCAUUUUAUAUAAGUGGAUAAUUAUUGGGAGAUUAAGAAUAUUAUUGGACCUUUAGUAAGCCUUUUCUCUUU